AUGACAAGCCCUCGGGUGUAUGGGGCUAAUUGUGUAAAGUUUGAAUUCUGUCCAUUGCUUCCGUUAAAAGAUCUAUCCGGAUUUAUUAUUGAUGUCAGUCUACCAGUGCUCGAUCCACAAAAAGUAACAUGUCAUCGAAAAGUACAGCUGACGCCCGAUGACCCGCAAAUUGUUGUCCAUUUCCGUGACUUGGCAGAGGGCUCUGCUUUUUGUGUAGAGAACAAGUGCAAUCUCGCUUCAAAUGAUUGCAAAAUAAUCGUCGACAUUUCGAUGAUUUGUCAACGUGCUGAUUUAAAGCUCUGCAAACCAUCAGUUAUCCCAUACUUGUUCAAUGGUCGAUCAACGGUGAUGAGCAAUUGGACGGUCAAAGAAAUAGCGGAUGAUUUUGUGGUGACUUCACAACGGCUGACUUUUGACAAAAUGAUGUACCUGUACUCAAUUAAAACAAUCUCGUUCAUCUAUCAAACCGCCGUCUCAUUUUUAGCUGCCGACGCGGGAUUUGAAAACGCCGAGUUUCACUUGUGGCCAAGCGACGCCGGGUUGAACAGGCCCUUGCUCGCCCAUCUUGGUGCCACCGAGAAUGAGCGAUGGGUGACCGUGAAAAUACAACUGAACAUAAAGCAAUUGCAGAAGUUUCGUUCGGAUCGAUCAACAAAAGCUUGCAAGUACCGUUGGAUCGCCGGGCCACCAGCCGGCAUCGCAUUGCAUCCAGAAAGGGAAUUGGCUGUGUUUAAG